AUGGUUAAGAAAGGCCCUACAGUUGGAGGUAAUGGUGGUUCGCCGUUCGAGCUCUUGCAUGGUAAUACGCCCGUGGAACAACUGGACGUAUGGUACGGAAAUGGCAGUCAUCCUACGGAGCAAUAUACUAUCCUGAGGGGUAUUAAAGUCAAAUGGGCAGACGAUAAACCCGCCAAUUCCGCCGGACAUUGCCCCUCAGAAGAUGAGGAGAGAGUUCUGCAUACCAGUUUUGACUUCGAACACAAUGGCGAAGAUCCUCUUGAAUGGAUGGAUCUUUACGGGUCAACUAGCCGUGCUGAUUCACUAAGAUUGGUUGACAAGAAAGGCUACUUCGAGGCCGGAGGAAUCGGUGGUACCAAAUCCAUUCAACCUGCGAAAAGCAAAAAGCUAUGUGGGUUCUACGGAAGGUCAGGACAGGAUAUUGAUCAGCUAGGCGCGAUCUUUAGUGAUUAA